CCUUCUCGUUAUAUUUACGUUCUCUGCUGGCAGCACCAACGCAUUGGCAUAUUUUCUUUUCGUUUUGCUUCCACUCUCGCAUUUUGACGUUUCUCACAGAGAAUGUAAAUACAACGAGAAGGUUCAGGCAAUUUGUUCUUCUUUGUGAUUAACUGGAGUUUGUUAUUAUUUUGCGAUUACUUGUGGAAUCAAAUCCUCGCGGAGAUUAAUGAUCCGCUUAAGUUUAGCAUUUUUUAGUGUUUCGUGUUUAAUGUAGAUUUAUAUAAAGUAACACAAAAAGUAUUCGCGUGGUCUCUAAAAUGAAUAAUUCUUCCGUAACAUUUGGAACCUGGCAAUUGAAGCGACAAUUGGGCUUAGGCGGAUUUGGUGAUGUUCACCUAUGGCAGAAUGUAGAAACUGGCCAAAAUAUUGCAACUAAAAGUUUAAAAGAAAAUGCAAACCUGAGCAAAGAUGAAAUCGCUAAGCUAAAACAACGUUGGCAGCAGGAGAGCGAUUGGAUGUCCAACUUAGAGACCACUUAUAUAGUGCGUGGUCUCAACAAAAAAGUGGAUAAGCAGUUUUUGGCAUUUCUAACUGAACGACAUGCAUGGCAGCCACUACAGCCCAUCGUAAUGGAGUACUGCAACGGCGGCGAUCUGCGUUCACAAUUAAUGUUAGUGGAAAACACGAAUGGCCUGACAGAAUUCGAAGUACGUGAAAUAUUGAACGCCUUGCGACAUGCCAUUGAGUUUUUGCAUACUAAAUGUCGCAUCGAACACCGAGAUCUCAAGCCCGAUAAUGUGGUUAUACACAAUGUUGACGGUCGACGAAUUUAUAAGCUCACGGACUUCGGUUUUGCACGCACCAUCACAGAAAAUACGAUGUUGAAAAGCAUCGUGGGCACGCGAAACUAUGUGGCGCCGGAAGUGUUAGAUACGGCUGAGUAUAAAAAUACCGUUGACUAUUGGUCGUUGGGCAUAAUCGCUUUUGAGUUGAUUUGUGGAAAUCUACCAUUUAUACCUCAUCAAUCUCUAUACGAAAUUGUAACAAAUAUACGAAGCAAACACGAAAAAUGCAUUGCCAUCACCGCGGAUUUUCCUGAAAAGAAAUACUUGUUUCAUGAAAAAUUUCCUGCUGAAACUCGCAUGAGUCCAAUAUUCUUAAGCAGAAUUGAGCAAUGGCUGAUGACGGCAUUAGAUAAGAACUAUAAUACGCGCGGUACUCGUUCAUCACCGUUAUCUAACGAACGCGUACUUAAAUUCUACAGCGAGCUGGACUCGAUUUUAUCCCAGAAGAUUUUAAAUGUUUUUUAUUUGCCAACUUUACAGUUUUACUCUUUCGAAGUCACUCCUGACAUGACGUUGCUAGAAUUCCGCGACAUUAUUAAAAGAGACAUCGGUAUUGAAAACAUAUUUUGCAUAUUCCCAACUGGCCACCCAAAGCCAGUUUUAUCACAUACCUAUAGGCCAAUAGAUUUUUUCGUUGAGGAAUGGCAGGAUUAUCAUAAUGCGAAUAAUAAUCCUGUAAUGUUAUAUAUUACGGAAAUGCAGGAGGACUAUAAGCCACCGACACCGGAAAUUCCAUUUUACAUUAAAAAAUAUCUGAGUGCCAAAGAUGAGUUGCCCGAUUGGUUAUUGAAAUUCAUCGAACAAAGCACACACUAUCUGCUCAGUAGUGAACAACGUUAUUUGGAGGCCUUUGUCAGCGGUUUAAAGGAAUACGCUUUGACCAUGGAACAUGCUAUACUACAGUAUGACACUGAUAAUAAAACGAGCAGGUUGCAGCAAUAUUAUAAUGAGUUUGUCGAAAUGUGCGGUCGUGUUGACCAGUUUUCCAUGAACAUCCAAGCAGCAAGGCAAACAUGCCCUAUACAAAAUAAAGCUAGUAACUGUUUUUUUGAAGAAUGGUGCUCAAGAGCAAAGAAAUUCAGGGAUGAUUUCACAAUUUUGGACGGUCUGAAAGCCAAAGUGAACAAAUUCUAUAAAUCCGGAUUACGCCGUGCCAAAGAAAUGGCGAUCAAUACAAUCUUUGAUGAGCUGAAGAAUAAGGACGUAUAUAAGCUUAUUGAUUUUCGUCGACAUCUUGAGACCGUGCAGAAAGUCAAAAUUAACGGGCAGGAACGAUUGUCAGUUUGCAAAACUGCCGUGUACGAUUGUCUAGACCAAAGGCAAAAGUUAGUUAAUAAUGAGCAUCUGAAAUAUGCUUAUGCCACUAUAACAUCUGUGCAAAAAGAGUUCACAAAACUACAGCAUAUCGUCGAUAAAAGUUUGACUCAACUAAGUGAAAUGCGCAAUUCCCUAUCUCAAAACACAGUCGAGUUUCAUACAAAACUAUUCGAUGUUUUUAAAAGUACCAAAGCCCAAUGUACCUAUCUGUCACAAGAUGGAGUCUCAUCAUUUUUAGUAAAUGGCAACGGUGCCACGGCGAACAGCAUUAAUGAUCUCUUCCAAUAUCCUGUGCAAACAUUAAUUGAAGAAGCAACGGAAAUGAUGAAUCAGAUGGACAUUGAUGAAGAUGUAAAUAACAUCGAUGAUCUUCCAGUCACCAUAAAUGAGUAACAAACUUGAAUUCAUUUGUGGUAGUCUUUAAGAUACACAUACGAAUGCAUUUUUAGCAUAAUUUGACUGAUUGUGAUAAUAAAUUUAUUUAUUAAAUUUACAUAUAGAUAUGUGCAUACACUUGUACUCAUAUAAAUUAGUAAACAAUUCAAGAAGAAUUACGAGCCACUAUUGCUUAAUUUUACUUUGCGAUUUAUAACCACUUUAGUGGUUUCCGGUCGAGCUUUUCCUCUGAUUAGUGGUGUGUGCCUUACUGUUUACCCUAGAACUAUAAAACAGAUGUUUCUCAUUUUCAUUUCAUAUGCUUGCAAUGCUUUACGCAAAAUAAUUUUCUUUUAUAUUUGUAUAUGUAAGAGCAUGAAUAUUUCACAAAACACCGCCUAACCAGAAUUUCCGAAGUGAUUUGAAAUUUGCAUUUUACUAUACUAAAUUUGAAUGCGUUUCAAAAUUUGUUUUUGUGAAAUUUUUGAAUAGUUCUCGUUAACAAGUCUAAUAUUAUUCAGUUAGUGUUUUUUUCGAAAUACGAUUUGUUUAAUUAACUUCUGUUGUAGAUUCAACUUUGUUAAGGUAAAAAAUUGUUAUGAAAAAAAACAAGUAAAUGGUUAUAGUGCGUCGUAAUUUUUCACUUUGAAUUUUUUUAUGAACCCAAGUGUACAUUUAGUACGUGAACUUAACUCGUAUGAAUUGUGUUUUUAUUCGGCUGCUAUGCAGUUAAACUUAAUAUUACCUUUAUGCGGUAAUGUUGAGUUAAACACUGUUUACAGACUUUGUUAUAGUCAAUCACAAAUCAAAUCACAUGUAAAUGUAGAACAUAACCAUUUAUCUAAUAUAUAUGUAUGUAUAUGUGCAUAAUCUAAGUCUUAGUAUAGAAAUCAUAAGACCUUACUAAUAAUACACAUUGUGUUUAGCCUUUAAAUCUCGAUCGAAGGUGCCUACAGGUUUUAAACCGUAAUUGCAGGACUGAUGAUUUUUUAAGAAAAACACAAGAGGCUUUAUGUUUUUUGUACAGUGCGACUUCGCAUCCAUGACCCAAGAUCGAUAGUUGUUCGGUCUGUAGCUAUGUAGUAUAGACAAAUGUAUGUAUCUCCAAGUCUCUUGUAAUGAAAAUAUGUUAUAUGUUGUUUGUCUCAAAUGUAAUUAAUAAACUUACUUUGAUAUAUACUUA